CGUCGACAACUGGCGCCACGUUGCGUUGCAUCUAGUAAGUGCAUCCAUCCGUUUUCUUCGAGCGGGAGGAUUUAGCUCUUAAUAUUUUCAUCUAGAAAAAAAGCUCAGCGACGAUUUCGAGUGAAGCUGAUUUUUUUAUUAAGGCAACAAUUUAUUAGAAAUGUCGGUGGAACGAGAAAACGGUGAAAAUCAAUUUUCCGAAUCGGAGGAUGGGGUAUCGAUUUUAAAAACGGAUGACUCGUUUAUGUUGAAAUUAAAAGUCCUCAUUGAUCAUUUUACUGAAAAGUAUGAUCGUGAGCCUUCCUUUGUUGUUAAAGUUCCAGGCAGAGUGAAUUUGAUCGGCGAACAUAUCGAUUAUUGCGGAUAUUCAGUUUGUCCUAUGGCGAUCAAGCAACAUGUACUUGUAGCAGUUGCUAUAUCGAACGACCAUCAAAUCAGUGUUACUAAUGUUAAUAAGAAUUACAAUGAUUUUCGAUGUGAUUUACACAAAGUGAAAGCUUGUAUCAACGAUGCCGAGACAGGACCAAUUUGGUAUAAAUACUUUUUGUGCGGUAUACAGGGUGCUCUUGAAGUGAUACCAAAGGAAAAAGUUCCUAAAGGAAUCCUAGCUGCUGUAUGGGGCAAUGUUCCUGCUAAUGCUGGCCUUUCAAGUUCUAGUGCUCUAGUAUCGGCUUCAGUUCUUUCAUUGGUUCAUGCUAGUCAGUUUAGAUUAUCGAAACGAGAUUUAGCAACUAUCAGUGCUAGAGCAGAAAGACAUAUUGGUACUCAAGGUGGUGGGAUGGAUCAGGCGAUCGCUUUUUUAGGAAAAGCAGGUGCUGCUAAGCUGAUAGAAUUUAAUCCUUUACGUGCAACCGACAUUACCUUACCUGAAAGUGCUGUUUUCGUGAUAGCGCAUAGCCAAGCUUAUCACAACAAAGCAUCAACCGUCGAUUAUAAUCUAAGAGUAGCGGAAUGUCGCUUGGCUGCACAGAUAAUAGCCAAGAAGAGAAAUAAAAAUUGGGAAAGUGUGCGAAGAUUAAUUGACGUACAAGACCGCCUCGGUUUUAGCUUGGAAAAAAUGGCCUCCGUUGUGAUGGAAGAUCUCCACGAAGAACCUUACACCAUCGACGAGAUUUGCGAGUGCCUUUCUACAACGUACGAACAACUAAAGGAAACAUCGCAAAUUGCUUCGUUUAAUGCAUCCCAAACAUUCAAACUUAAACAACGAGCUUUACAUGUGUUCCAAGAGGCGCACAGAGUGGCCGAAUUUGAACGCAUAAACAAGGAUGACACGCUAAUAGAAGAUGAAAAAGUCUUGUUGUUAGGCGAAUUGAUGUCGAAGAGCCAUUUGAGUCUUUGUAAGCUCUACGAGUGCAGCCAUCCACGUGUCGAUGCACUCGUCGACAAAGCCAUGAAUUGUGGAGCACUCGGUGCUAGACUUACCGGAGCUGGGUGGGGCGGAUGUAUAGUAGCUAUCAUCACGAAGGACAAAAUUUCUCAAUUCGUCGAAGACAUCCGACAAUAUCUUUGGGAAAGUUGUACGAAGUAUGAACUUGACCUGGACGACUUGGUCUUUCCUACGGAACCUAAUCAGGGUGCUGCAAUUUAUACGCUUUAAUUCCUAAUAUUAUGCUUUGCUCUAUAUUGUAUUAUUAUGUCACGAAAGUAAUUAAUGAUGCUCGUGUCGAUAUUUUUCCUAUGCCUUUUUUUAGUACAAGUAUAUUAUCGAUAUAUACCUACACACAUAUAUAUAUAUAUAUAUAUAUAUAUGUAUAGAUGUAUUCAUACGCGUAUAUGUAUAGAUUAAUAUCUGUAUAGUACCGACUUUGUUCUGAACUAAUUUGUUUAAAAUGGUCAGAUCAAUGCAUACCAAGCAGUCGUGAAACAACAUUUAAUAUGCUAUUAAAUAAAUAUAUUAUAAUGAUAAUAUUCUUAAGAUAUUACAUAGGAUAUAAUAAUUGUAAUAUUUUCUUCUGGUGCAUUAUAUAAUAGCUUUAUGAUAAGACUGGCACGCUAUGUGUACAUUUAUAAGAGUAAUAAUCAAAAUGUUAUGUAUUAACGAGAGCAAUAUGAAAUUAAAUGAAUUCUCGAUUUUA